CAAACAGGCAAAUCACUAUAAAACUGACUAGUAUAUGGGAAGUCGAGUGGCUAGACCACUACCAGUUGAACAUAAGUGAAUAUCUGAAAUUGUAUCGAGAUAAAAAGAAGCGAGCGCAAAGAAAUCAAUUGGAUAUUGCAUAUCCGCGAACAAUGAAACAAGGUCAGACCAAAGAGAAGCAGGGUACUAUUCAUAAAAGUUCACAGCAUAAUAGUAAAAAAGGAAAGGGACAAAAUACUAAAAAAGCCAAGUUUCAUGAACUUAUAGCUCGACAAAAGCAAAUAAAAGACAUAAAAAUUGAAAGGAAAAAGGCGAUAGAGAAAAAACGAGAAGAGCGUCUUCACAACCGUAAAGAACGGAACAUCUCAAUGCAGAAGUUGACAAGAAAAGGACAGCCUGUCAUGAAACACCGCAUUAAGCUACUCCUUAAACAGUUGUGUCCUGGAGAUACAUAAAUAAAUUUUGUUGAUACCA